GAUCAAUUACGUCACUGAGGAAGUUUGGGAGUUUCAGAAUAUGAUGAGUCUAGAUCAGAGGGCGUGUUGCAGUGGAUAUCUAGUGAAAGUAGUUAUAUCGUCUGGCAUCACCAUAUAAAAACCGACGAUUCGAUGAUAUGAAGCACAUUCAGACUCAUCUCCUCAUAGCACGUUCAACAUGAGGACAUUCUUAAUUUCAUUAUUAAUCGUCUCGGUCAUCGCCGGCGAUGCAUCGGAGAAGAAACAUGAUAAACGUGGUCUUCUACACGGAGGAUACGGAAGCUAUGGUCCAAACAUUGGCCAUGGUGGCAUCGUAUUGCAGGAACACGGAUAUGGACAUGGAUAUGGCCACGGAUAUGGGCACGGAUCUGGAUACGGACACGGAUAUGGAUAUGGGCAUGGAGGAUAUGGGCACGGAGGAUUUGGUCAUGGAUUCAUAGACGGAGUGUCACACGGUCACGGAAUAUACGGACCAGGCAUUUCUGUGGGACAUGGACCAGGCAUUAUUGUGGGACAUGGACCAGGCAUUGCUGUGGGACAUGGACCAGGAAUUGCUGUGGGACACGGACCAGUACACCACGUUCACAGAAUCGUCGUGAAUCGCGUGGUUCCAGUUCCAGUUCCCGUACCUCAUCCCGUUCCCGUCACUCGCAAGGUUCCUGUACCGGUGCCGCAUCCUGUACCCGUCGAAGUGAAACGUCCAGUCCCCGUUCCUGUACCUCGACCCGUUCCGGUUGUAGUCAACAAACCUUACCCUGUUAGCGUACCUCGUCCAGUUCCAGUACCGGUACCCCAUGCCGUGCACGUACCGCAACCGGUGCCGCAUCCAGUUCCAGUUCCACAUCCAGUCCCGGUACCAAUUCACACACCGGCCCCAGUACCAAUUCCGCAACCCCUACCGAUCAACCCUGAACCGUAUCCGUUGCCCGUUCAACCAAUUGGUCCCAUCUCUUCUAUCCAAUCUAUCGCUUCUUCCCAACCAAUCACUUCCAUCGGAAUUGGAUCGAUCGAGGCGGGAGCUGGAGCAAUAUUGGAAGGCGGACAAAAUACUGGAUUUGCCAUUUCCGGUGGCAUUGUAAAUGGUGGUGAACAGUUCGGCGCUGUAAGCUCGGGACUGCAAGUGAGUGUGGACUCUGGUAGCGAGGGAUAUUCUUAUCCAGUACCAGAGAAGAAAUUCUUUUAAAUCCCAAGAAUUUGAUGGAAUCCGUUACGGGCGACAUCUCCGAUUUGCACGCCGACACGAUACAUCUGCGGUUUUCGAGACUUUCGGAUAUACGGCACGCGGCUAUCCCGAGUCACGCCACACCCAUUUAUCCUGCGUUUCACUUGAUAUUUAUGGAUUCUCACACAACGAAAGCACCGCGCGCGAGAUCGUGACCUCGAUUAAAAUUCCGCCUAAAACCGUAAAACGAAAGGGAUCGAGGUACAUAGAUAGAUCGGCAUUUACUUUCGCACUUUCGACGGUGACAAGAGAAAGAGAGAGUGUUGCAUUUUGAAGGCGUGAAAGUAAUGCAAAGUCUGAGAAGAUGAACAAUCAUGCGAGCGCGCGAUGCAAAAUAAGAAAUAUGAGAAUCCAUUCGAUACUCCGUGUUACGAUAAUCCGACGUAGGCAGGAGAAGAUUGCUAAGAAUUCUUUCAAGAUGUAUUGUUCGUACGUUUAUAACUGGAUCGUAUUCUAAGCAUGAUACAACCAAUCAUUUGUAACUAUUUAUUUGUCCUCUUAUCCAUAAAAAGCACACCUCCGUCGUAUAUCAUAGAACAUAUUCCGGUAACAAAUAAAUUUAAAUAACUAUAAGUGCAACU